ACAAAGGAACUACUCCAGAGAUUUAUCAGUUUAAUUUAAAACAAAUCAGGAAUUCGACCUCAAUGGGCCAGUUUGACGCAGAGCUUAUGAUUCGUUGUGAAAGAAGUGUAUGACUUUCUGGUCAAUUAUAAAAGUCAUCAAGAAGGUAUGACGAGUGAGAAAGGUGUCGACGGUGGAAUUACUUAUCUGUUUACAGACAUAUGUGGAGACUCGCCAUUCUGGACCCCGGAUGUCCUAGGCUCCCCUGCCCCCAAGUUUACAGCGUGUUUCCAGAACACAGUCCUACAAUGGCUGCCCUUCAUCUGGCUUUGCCUCACACUUCCGAUCUAUGUUGUCGUCAUCUUCCGGCGUCCACCGGAAGUCCGUCUACCUCUGACUUCCUUCAGCAUGGCCAAAUCGGUCAUAUGCAUAGUCCUGCUGAUCCUGACCAUUGCGCAGGCGCUGUCGGUGAACCAGAACGGCUCAGGCUGUGACCGACAAACCGUAACGAGUACGUCAUACUACCUUGGAUAUGGCUUAGCUUGCGGCUCAUUUGUCGUUGUAGGAAUAUUCAUUCAGCUUGUUCGGAUAUGGGGAGUCAUCAGUUCGGCAGUUAUCUACGCUUAUUGGGUGUUGUUACUGGUGUGUAAUAUUAUACCCCUCCAGUCCACAUUGUCGUACGACCUUUACUGUGCCAAAAGUAACGUUGUGUACCAUAUCUUCUACUUCGUCAUGUUACUGGUCCAGACAAUUCUCCACAGCUUCGCGGAUAAACGCUCCUUACGGGAAAACGAAAACGAGGUAAAUAUCAUAGUUGAUUUGAUCACCUGUCUGAGUAUAACUUCUCUCCGGUAG